AUGGCAACGACUACUUGCACACGUUUCACUGAUGAAUACCAGCUGUACGAGGAGCUUGGCAAGGGGGCCUUUUCAGUGGUGCGCCGCUGUGUCAAACUCUGCACAGGCCAAGAGUAUGCCGCCAAAAUCAUCAACACCAAAAAGCUCUCGGCCAGAGACCAUCAGAAACUGGAGAGAGAGGCGAGGAUCUGCAGAUUGCUCAAGCACUCCAACAUUGUUCGUCUCCAUGACAGUAUCUCAGAGGAAGGCUUCCACUAUCUUCUGUUUGACCUGUGAGUGGCUUCGGAGCUGUUCGAGGAUAUCGUGGCCAGAGAGUACUACAGUGAAGCAGAUGCAAGUCAUUGCAUCCAGCAGAUCCUGGAGGCCGUGCUCCACUGCCAUCAGAUGGGGGUGGUACACAGAGACCUCAAGCCAGAGAACCUGCUGCUGGCCAGCAAGUGUAAGAACGCAGCAGUGAAGCUCGCUGACUUUGGACUCGCUAUUGAAGUCCAAGGAGACCAGCAGGCUUGGUUUGGUUUUGCAGGGACUCCCGGCUAUUUGUCCCCGGAGGUUUUGAGGAAGGAGGCUUACGGUAAACCUGUAGACAUCUGGGCAUGUGGUGUGAUCCUCUACAUCCUUUUGGUUGGUUACCCUCCGUUCUGGGACGAGGACCAGCACAAACUCUACCAGCAGAUCAAAGCUGGAGCGUACGAUUUUCCCUCUCCAGAGUGGGACACAGUGACUCCGGAGGCUAAAAAUCUGAUCAACCAGAUGCUGACGAUCAACCCAGCCAAGAGAAUCACUGCUCAGGAGGCUCUGAAGCACCCAUGGGUCUGCCAACGCUCCACGGUGGCGUCCAUGAUGCACCGACAGGAGACGGUCGAGUGCCUGAAGAAGUUCAAUGCCAGGAGGAAACUGAAGGGAGCCAUUUUGACCACCAUGCUCGUCUCCAGGAACUUUUCUGUGGGUCGACAGACUACAGCCCCCGCCUCCAUCAGCGCCGUCGCCGGGACGACCGCCGGCAUCGUGGAGCAAGCAGCCAAGAGUCUCCUCAAUAAGAAGGCUGAUGUCAAGCCACAGACAAACAGCACGAGAAACAGCAUAGUGACCAGUCCCAAAGGCAACAACUCCUCUGCUGCGCUGGAGCCUCAGACUACUGUUAUCCAUAAUCCAAUAGAUGGGAUCAAGGGGUCAUCUGACAGCAGCAACACCACUAUUGAGGAUGAAGAUGUGAAAGCCCGAAAACAGGAGAUCAUAAAGAUCACAGAGCAGCUCAUCGAAGCUGUCAACAAUGGAGACUUUGAGGCCUAUGCGAAGAUCUGCGACCCGGGUCUGACUUCAUUUGAGCCUGAGGGGCUCGGUAAUCUGGUGGAGGGGAUGGACUUCCACAGAUUCUACUUUGACAAUCUCCUCUCUAAGAACAGUAAGCCCAUCCACACCACCAUCCUCAACCCUCACGUGCACAUGAUCGGUGACGACGCUGCGUGCAUCGCCUACAUCCGCCUGACGCAGUUCGUCGACGGGCAGGGACGUACGCGCUCCAGCCAAUCAGAAGAGACCAGGGUUUGGCACCGCAGGGAGAGCCGGUGGCAAAACGUCCACUUCCACUGCUCAGGAGCUCCGGCCGCCCCGCUGCAGGGAUGA